AUGCAAAUAUCGCCAAUAUCAGAAAAUAACUAUCCUAAUCAUUCAAAUAAAAUGUGCGUUUCGUCAUCAAAUUCAGUAGAAAAUAAUUGUAAAACAAAUCGAAAUUCGAAUCUUACAACAUCAAGAAAAAUAUCAACAUUAUCAACAAAUGAUUGUAUUCCAAAUAUUUCGCCAUCGACUUCAACAUCAGUUUCAAAACGAAAAAUGAAAUCUAUUGUUCAAUCAAAUUCUUCAAUUGAUCAAUGUAAUUCAAAGGAUUUAUCAAAUAAACAACACCAUCUUUCAACGUUUCAUAAAAAUAAUAAUGAUUACAUAUCAAACUAUAAACUUUCAAAUUUUAUCAUCAGAAUUGAACAAAUUCCAAAUCUAUGGAGGAUUGAUACCACUAAUGAAAGAUUAAUAAAAGAUAAUAAUAAUAAAAAAUCUUUAUCAGCGACCAAUAAGCAAAUAGGUGCAUCGUCUAUUCUUCAUGAAUUACUAACAUCUCCAUCAAAAUCAGUUGAAACUGAUUUAUUAUCCAAAAUACAAUCAGCUCGUAAUGAUAUUAAUGAAAAUUGUAAUAAUAAAAGUCCACAAUAUCGACCAAGACAUUCAUAUUGUCAUUCAUCAGAAACAAAAUUUAUAUCAAAAGAUAAUCUAAACAAAACAUCAAAAAUGUCUCGUCAAGUAUGCCGUUCACCUGUAUUAACACGACGUCCGCAACAACAAAAACAAAAAAUAAUGGAUAAUAAUUUUGAUACAACACACCAACCAACAGCUUUACUUUCAUUAGAUACAAAUGAAAAUCAAAGUAUACAUUUCUUAUCAUCAUCAUCAUCAAAAACAACAGAAAAUAAUAAACGAAAAUUUGAAUCUUCAUCAUCAGAACAGAUUUUAAUAAAACGUCGCUCUCAAAAAGGAAUACCAAUGAUUAUUACUCAAAAUCAGCUUUGUAUAUCAUAUCCAAAGGAUAUUUCACGGUGUGUUGAUUGCCGAGCUAUCAAGUCAUUAAAUUUAUCCAUGCAACAGUCUAGUUGUCGAUUUCAGCAUUGUCGAACAUUGAACUAUAUUGGUGAUGAUAAGUACGAAGUCGAAGGAUUUAUAACAGUUGGUCAAGUCAAAUCCCAAGAUACUAAAUAUUUGCCUACGGCAAAUUCUGGUGGACAACCACCAUUAAAUUUAAUUAAUGCAAAAUAUAUAUUUAUACAAAUAGCUAAAGUAUUUUGUUUAAUGUUUUUACAUGAAGAAGCUGAACAAUCAAGACAAAAUAAAAAAGCAAUCAUUUGGAAACAAUAUAUGGCUGGUUGGAGAGAAGUUUGUGAUGCAUGUUCAACAACACUUUUUAACUAUCAUUAUAUGUGCAAAGAAUGUGGAUAUAUGCUUUGUAUUGAAUGUUCAAAUGAAUUAUCUCAAAUGAAUAUUGAAAAACGAAAAAAAUUUAAACGUAUUUGUGCUCAUGUUAAUACAUAUUCUUUAUCAGAAUUUAUUCCAUGGGAUAUUUUAAUUAAAUUACGUAAUGAUUGUAUUAAUUAUUUGUCUAAAUUAAAAAUUGAUUAUUCAAUGAAAUUCUAUCAAUCAUUAAGAAAUGAAAAUCUUUCAAUGUUUAUAAAAACUUUAAAAAUGAACAGAUUACAUGAUAUACGUGAUGUGCAAAAAAUUUGGUCAUCUAUCGAUUGUAAUCAUGAUCCAAAUAUUGAAUUUUAUUGUAAUGGUCGUUUACCUGUUUUUAAUGAAUGGAUUAGUGAGAAUGCUAAACGUUUUUUUCGAAAAGUUUGGACAGCUAGUUGUCCAGUACUUAUUAAACAAGUUCAUAAUAAUUUAUCUAAAACACUUUGGCAGCCAAAUUCAUUUAAGUUACACAUGAUUGAUCAUCGUGAAACGCCAUUAUUAUGGGAUUGCGAAACAUUAACAGCAAUUCAAACAAAUGAAGAGAUUUUAAUUCGUUUUUGGGAAGGAUUUGAACGUUUAAAUGUUCGUUUGAAAGAUGAUGAACAUGGUGGACGACGACGUAUACUUAAAUUAAAAGAUUGGCCAACAAAAAAAGAUUUUGCAUCUGUUUUUCCAGAGCGUCUUCAUGAUCUUAUGAACAAUAUUCCAUUUAGUGAUUAUACUCGACGAUCGUAUGUAUACAAUGAUGUUAUGUAUCAUGGUGGAGUUCAUAAUAUUGUUGAACGAUUACCAGCUUGUUUAGUUAAACCUGAUCUUGGACCAAAACUUUAUAUUGCCUAUAGUCAACUUACAAGUCGAGAAGCAAAGCAAGCAGGAACAACCAAUCUUCAUAUUGAUGUAUCUGAUGCUGUAAAUGUACUUGUCUAUGUUGGUAUUGGUGGUCAUGGUGAUGAUGGAUCCGAUAAAGAAGAAGAAAUUCGACAAGUAGAAGCAGAAAUCCUUGAUUCAAAUAUUGAUCAAGCCCAAUUACAACGAUUGAGAAAUGGAGAAAGACCUGGCGCACUGUGGCAUUUAUUUCGUUCUGAUGAUGCCAAGAAAAUUCGUGAAUAUAUUGGUCGAACUCAACGUAAAACUGCUGGUUCUGAUUCUAUACAUGAUCAAACAGCUUAUUUAGAACGAGAAGAUUUAGAAAAAUUAAAAGAUUGUAGUAAUGUAGAAGCAUAUCCAAUACUUCAAUUUCUUGGUGAUGCAGUUUUUAUUCCAAGUGGUGCACCACAUCAAGUAAAAAAUUUACAUUCAUGUAUAAAAAUUGCUGAAGAUUUUGUUUCACCGGAAAAUCUUGAUCGAUGUUUAAUAACAACAAAUGAAUUUCGAUCAUUAUCAAAAACUCAUACAAAUCAUGCUGAUAUCUUGCAGGCCAAAAAUAUUCUUUAUUAUACAGUAUGUGAUGCAGUUAAUUCGUUGAACGAAUCGAAUAGAAAUGAGACCAUAUCAGAAUCUUCUAUAUUAGGCGUACUCAAUUAA